AUGUCCCUUAGGCUUGCUUCCAGAUCUAUCAGAGCCCCGUCUAGCGUGUGCUCUACCUCGAAUCGCACUAUCGACCAUGCUGUUCGGUCCUGGACAAGAUCAAUUUCUUCCACGCCUGUCCGCGCAGCAGUACAUCGCGGGCCUACUCUCGCAACUGCCUCGGGCAUUCACGCCCCAAAAGUUGCGCCAUCGUUUGGCGUAGCACCCCCACAAUGUCGAUCCAUGUUCAUACAGACGGAGACCACGCCCAACGACGAUUCUCUUAAAUUCAUACCUGGCGUAGGUGUCAUGGGCGAAGGAACAGCCGAGUUCCUUGACACGCGAUCAGCGUUAAAAUCACCACUUGCUAUCCGUCUUAUAGGCAUUGAGGGUGUGAAAGCCGUGUUUUAUGGACCAGAUUUUGUCACAGUGUCAAAGGACAGCGAAAACCCGUGGGCGGUCCUCAAGCCAGAGAUCUACUCAAUACUUAUGGAACAUUUUUCUGCUGGUUUGCCACUUUUCCGGUCAGAAGAGGACAGGGAGGCAGCCGGACCUCAGGACACGCAGAUUCUUGACACGGACUCUGAGACGGUAGCAAUGAUUAAAGAGCUACUUGAAACUCGUGUCCGACCAGCGAUUAUGGAGGAUGGUGGUGAUAUAGAAUACCGAGGGUUUAGUGACGAAGGCUUCGUGAAAGUUAAAUUGAAGGGAAGUUGCAGAGGGUGCUCGUCUAGCGCCGUAACAUUGAAGUCGGGAAUUGAGAGGAUGUUGAUGCACUAUAUACCGGAAGUGAAGGGUGUAGAGCAGGUUUUGGAUGAAGAGGAGGUUAUUGCAUUAGAUGAGUUUGCCAAGCUCGAGCAACGGCUGGCGAACAAUGGAAAGAAUAAAGAUUCUAAGUGA